AUGGGGACGACCCAGCUGCCCAGUGAGGAGUAUCAGCUUACGAGGGCCCUGGGCAGCACGCGUGCCGUCCCUGGAGGCUUCCGGAAUGCAGCGGCGUAUCCCAGAGGGAGGACAGGUGGUGCCGGUUGUGAUGCCUGUGCUCGGCUCACUCCCACUUUCUCCCCUGAAUACCCUUCCCUAACAGCAUCCACAGCGAAAUCUUCCAAUGGAGGCGUGGACAUGAAGCACGAUGGCAUAAUCGAGCGGUUGGAGGAGCUGAGGAAAUACACCAUCGGCGACAAGCACAAGAAUCCCCUGAGGGAAGCGAGGGAUUUCGUGAGGGGGGAAUUCCCCGACUGGAAGGACGGGUGCCACGUCCUCCCCGUCUUCGCCGGGGAGGCGGAGGGCGACGCGGCGGGGUGGGAGGUGGUGGGCCGGAUACACGAAUGCGCCCUGAGCGAGAAGCAGCCCAUGUUCGUCGUGGCGUAUGCGAGGAACGGCGACGUCGGCGGGGAGAUGGACGUGGUUGUCGCCCAUCGGUUCGUUGGAGCAUGGUGCUUUCGGCCCAGUCUCGGCAGGAAAAGCCUUGGGUGGUUGGCACCAGGGACUUCAGACACCCUGAGGAACACGGCGUCCGACACGCAGACGGACGCCACUCCGGAGCAGCGACGGAACGGGCCGAGCAAGAAGAAGCUGAACGUUCCGGGACCGGCCUUCGCCUCGCCUUAUAUGAGCUCCCUGAUGCAAUGGGUCGUCUGCGAGUCCCAGCCGUGGAUGAGGGCCGUGGAGGGCGUGGCGGGCACCGGGAAGACGUGGCUCUUGACCGAGUCCGCGUCCAACAUUCUGGUCGAUGAAACUUUGAGUCGCAGCAAUGACCCGAAGAGACCCAUGCUUGUUCUUUGCUUCAACAGACCUCUUGCUCAGUACCUGGAACACGAGAUAUUUCGUGCCACGAAGGAGAAAUUGGGAAUGAAAAAUUCCAUGUAUUCCAAUAUCCCGUUGAGUCUGAACAUGACUGUGAAAACCUUCGAUGCCUUCAUGGAAUGGAGGGCAGAGGACACGAACAACAAAGAGAAAAUUCAGUUGAAUGGUUCCAUGCAGCAGAAAACCCUGCGCAAGCGCGAAGGGAAUAAGGUUGUAAAAUUUCAUCAUAUAUUCGUGGAUGAGGCCAUGGAUCUUUGCCAAUAUAGCAAGAUCGGCAAGGGUGGAAAUUUCUCAUGGCUGGACUUGCUGGAGAAAUUAUGGGAUGGUUCUGGCUGUUUCUUUGUCACCUUCGACCGAGAACAGCUCUUGCACAAACGUCUGGACUCCCUGACGGAUAAGGAGAAGCAAUACCUGGCCCAAGCGAAGAAACUCACUGCGAACAUCCGCAACCAAAACCAUACAUACGAUGGUCUCAUUGAGAGGAUUCACCAAGGAGUUACGGGCGGGAAUGGAAUUGUGGGGAUGACGACUUCAAGGAAGGAACAUUAUAUAGCCCGCCCAAGGCUUCUUCUGGAGUGUGCCCUCAGGGCAGUGUUUCACAAGGUGAUGCAACACUUGAAACAGAAUCAGAAAGACCGAUACAUCUUGUGCGACGCGGAAACGCUGUACAUGCCCGACACCAGCGAAAACGGCAAUCGGCCGAGGACCCUCGUCGUCGUGGAGACCGUUCGACGGUUCAAGGGGCUGGAGGCCCCCAUUGUCAUCCUGUUCGACCUGAAUCCAUCAGAUGAUUAUGUGAUGUAUGUGGCCAAAAGCAGAUCCACUGACCAACUGCACGUCGUCGGGACCAAAGAGGACUGUGGUCGGAUUCGCGAUAGAGAAAGGUUUCCCCUUGCGUCCAAGACUAUAUCAAAGAGGAAGGAGGGAAAACGUCGAAGUUCUUUCCGCCUUCCAAGAAUCAAAAGCUCCAUGAUGCCAGAUUGA